AACCCUCCGCCUUCUGUAGUCUCUUCCUCUCUCUCUUUUCUUCUGUCUUGCGAUGGUUUUUCUGAUCGACUUCUGACAGUUUCUCUCAUAUUACUCUCUCUAUACGUUCUUUAUAGCUACUUCAUAUACUUAAAACAGAUUGAUCUUAUCUGAUCUUUGAUAUCGCUACUAUGUUAGCUCAAAAAGGCUUGAACCCAGAAGCUCCUGAGUACUUCCCAAAUUACUGUAACCCACAAUUUACCCGACUUCUGUUUUGUGUGAAUUCAACUGAUUCAUUCUACUACCCUUCAGUAGGACCAUCCACUUAUGUUUGCUAUUCUGGUUCUUGUCAUCCGAAGAACGAAACUGUGGUGACAGGGUCCGCAGGCCCUUCUUCGGUUGCACAGUCUAUGCAAACCCACUUGGUGCAUGAACCCCAGUUGGAGCAAGGACCUGGAAGGGCUACCAAAGUGAUUAGUACAAGAGAUGCAAAAGGUGGCUACUCUAAGUAUCGCAGAGGUCGUUGUUCUAUUAAUGGCCGGGAGAAUCAAAAGAAGACGUGGAGGGCUAAGGGUGAUAGUGGGAAAAAUUGCAAUCAGAAGCAAGAUUAUAAUUGUAGAAGACUUGCACGGGCUUCUGCGGGUCCUUCAAGACAGAAUCGUCCUGUGUUGCCCCUCCGACCGGAUGGAGAACUCACAACCGUCAUGAUUAGAAAUAUUCCUAACAGAUACACCCGUGAGUUGUUGAUGGAAUUCCUUGAUAAACACUGCAUGCUAGAGAAUCAGAAGGCGAAGCUCCAAAAGUCUGAUUGCGAAGAGACAAUCUUGUCAGCUUUCGAUUUCUUGUAUCUUCCUAUGGACUUUGGAAACCACGCCAACAAGGGCUAUGCAUUUGUUAAUUUUACUGACCCAAGAGCCGCGUGGAAGUUUUACGCUGCAGUUCACAGUCAGCGUUGGGAGCUAUUUCAAUCAACUAAGAUUUGUGAGAUAUCCAGUGCAAGACUCCAGGGAAAGGAGGGACUGGUGAAGCAUUUUCAGAAUUCAUGUUUCGAUUGUGGAACUGAUGAUUAUUUGCCAGUAUGUUUCAGCCCUCCCCGUGAUGGUUCAAGGAUAAUAGUGAAGCAAAGGAUAAUAGGGAGACGUGUUGGUAAGUGUUAACAAAAUUUAGCUCAGUGGUAGAUUUGGUGGCAGCAGAUGGAUGUGAUUAGAUCUUGUCCAUGUCAAUGUUAGUUUUAGUGUUGCGAGUGUCAGCUUCAGUCUCCUAAGGCAUAGGCUUAGGCUUUUGGUUGGUUCACUCCCCUGUAACUGCUUGUUGGGUUUCAGUUUUCUUUCUGUUCUAGCCAGUUU